AUGAGAGCGAGAGAAGCAAAGAAACAAGAGAAAUGUCGCAAAAAAGGGAAUUGGAAGGGGGGUAAUCUGCGCUUGGUAUUAGCGGUGACAGGCAAUAGCGGCGAUGCUAGGUCCUCUCACUCUUCUUGUCUACUCCGGCGCCCUGCGCCGCCUGCUCCGGAAUCAGUAGGCCAUGAAAGCGCGAAUGGGCGAUCUUGGACAGAGCUUAGGAAUGACCCAAGGUACGUAAGAAAUAGAGAUUUUGACUUUCUUCCACGACGAAACCUUAGCCUUCGGCCGACGACGCCUCCGCCUCCGGUCUCGGGUCGACGAGACAGACGAAGUCUCCUACUCCGGCCUACAGCCGCUUCUGCCUCCUUUCACGUUGUUUACAGGCAUCCAUUGAGUGCAAAUUUCAUAUUACUUGUCCCAUUAGCUUCCAUUCCAGCUGUACUUAUAUGCUGUGACACCUCACUUCCUGGUUUAAGAGAAGCUGUAUACACGAGUAGUGCUAUAGUUAUUCUGUAA